AAACGCGCGGAGCGGAGGCGCGGGGGAAGUGCCCGCCAACCGAGCCGCGCCGAGGCGAGCGGCCCGCAGCGCCGGGAGCCGUGCCCCGAGAGCCGGCCGGCCGGCGGCGCCCCGCGGCGGGCAUGGUGCGCGGCCGGCGGGACAGCCUGGGGGCCGCGGCGAGGCGGGCGAUGCGGCGGUGAGGGCGGCGGGGCCGGGCGCUGCCGCGAUGCUCCGCCGCAGCCUGAGCCGCCUGGUUGCCUUUCUGUUGGAGCCUUUGGCUUGGCCUUGCAGCAGGUCUGCCUUGGUGAUGAUGUCUCACCUGCUUCCUCCUCAGCUUCACUGCUGGCAGUGCCACAUGGAUGCCAAUAGUCCACAGUGUGCCGGGGAGGAGAAGCGGGUCGGCACACGAACUGUAGUGGUUGGGCACCGGCCGGUUUCGGAGGCAGAUGCCUACGUGGCACAGAAGUUCUGCGACAACAGGAUUGUCUCCUCCAAGUACACAGUGUGGAACUUCCUCCCGAAGAACCUCUUUGAGCAGUUUAGGAGAAUUGCCAACUUCUACUUCCUCAUCAUCUUCCUUGUGCAGGUGAUAGUGGACACCCCGACCAGCCCGGUAACCAGCGGCCUUCCGCUCUUCUUCGUGAUCACCGUCACAGCCAUCAAACAGGGGUACGAGGACUGGUUGAGACACAGAGCUGACAACGAAGUGAACAAGAGUAAUGUCUUCAUUAUUGAAAAUGCAAAGCAAGUGCAGAAAGAGAGUGAGAAAAUCAAGGUUGGAGACAUAGUAGAAGUGAAAGCAGAUGAGACCUUCCCCUGUGACUUGAUAUUUUUGGCCUCAAGUAGCACUGACGGGACCUGUUACGUCACUACAGCAAGUCUGGAUGGCGAGUCGAAUUUCAAGACUCACUACGCAGUGCGGGACACCACCGUGCUCUGCACGGAUGAAGCCAUAGACUCCCUCACGGCCACAAUCGAAUGCGAGCAGCCACAGCCAGACCUCUACAAGUUUGUUGGAAGGAUCAUCAUGCACAGAAGCAACCAAGAGCCUGUAGCCAGGUCUUUGGGUCCUGAAAACCUGCUGCUGAAAGGUGCUACCCUCAAAAACACCAAGAAGAUUUAUGGAGUGGCAGUCUAUACUGGAAUGGAAACAAAAAUGGCUUUGAACUACCAAGGGAAAUCUCAGAAACGCUCUGCUGUGGAAAAAUCUAUCAACGCUUUCUUGAUAGUGUACUUAUGCAUCCUAUUGAGCAAAGCUACUGUGUGCACGACUCUGAAAUAUGUCUGGCAGAGUAAUCCAUUUAACGAUGAGCCUUGGUACAAUGAAAAGACUAAAAAAGAGAGAGAGACGUUCAAGGUGUUGCGGAUGUUCACGGACUUCUUGUCCUUUAUGGUCCUCUUCAAUUUUAUUAUCCCCGUCUCCAUGUAUGUUACAGUGGAGAUGCAGAAGUUCUUGGGCUCCUUCUUCAUCUCUUGGGACAAAGAGAUGUACGAUGAAGAAAUGGAAGAGGGAGCACUGGUGAACACCUCAGACCUGAAUGAGGAGCUCGGACAGGUGGAGUUUGUCUUCACUGACAAAACGGGGACGCUGACGGAGAACAGCAUGGAGUUCAUCGAGUGCUGCAUAGAUGGGCACAAGUACAAGGGCUGCAUUUCGGAGGUUGAUGGCUUCUCACAGACUGAUGGAACCCUAAAAUAUUACGGCAAAGCAGAAAAGAGCCGAGAGGAGCUGUUCCUGCGAGCCCUGUGCCUGUGCCACACCGUUCGGAUCAAACAAGCAGACCAGGUGGAUGGGCUGAUAGGACAUCCUGAGUGCAAAAACACCUACAUCUCCUCUUCCCCAGAUGAAAUCGCUUUGGUGAAAGGCGCUGAAAAGUAUGGUUUCACUUUUCUAGGACUCGAAAAUGAUUUCAUGAAAAUCCGAAACCAAAAGAAUGAAACUGAAAUGUACCAGCUUCUCCAUACACUGAACUUUGACCCUGUCCGUCGUCGUAUGAGUGUCAUUGUGAGAACCACCACAGGAAAGCUGCUUCUCUUCUGUAAAGGAGCAGAUUCUUCUAUUUUUCCGAGGGUACAGCAAGAGGAAAUCCAACAGACUAAAGUCCACGUGGACCGCAAUGCUUUGGAUGGCUACCGAACGCUUUGUGUGGCAUUCAAGGAACUAACUCAAAAGGAGUAUGACAGAAUUGACCGGCAGCUUAAUGAAGCAAAGAUGGCUCUGCAGGACAGGGAAGAAAAGAUGGCAAAGGUCUUUGAAGACACAGAAGCAGACAUGCACUUGAUUGGGGCGACUGCUGUAGAAGACAGGCUGCAGGAACAGUCAGCAGAGACGAUCGAAGCUCUGCAUGCUGCUGGCAUGAAGGUGUGGGUACUGACAGGGGACAAGAUGGAGACUGCCAAGUCCACCUGCUAUGCCUGUAGGCUCUUCCAGACCAGCACCGAGCUGCUGGAGCUGACGGCCAGGGUGGUGGGUGAGAGCGAGAGGAAGGAGGACCGACUGCACGAGCUGCUGAUGGACUACCACAAAAGGCUGAUCCAGGAUGUUCCCAAACCCCGGGGUAGCCUGAAGAGAAGCUGGACACUGAGUCAAGAAUACGGCUUGAUUAUUGAUGGCUCAACGCUGUCGCUGAUACUCAAUCCUUCUCAGGAUUCCAGUUCUAGUCAUUACAAAAACAUAUUUCUACAAAUCUGCCUGAAAUGUACUGCAGUUCUGUGCUGCCGAAUGGCUCCUCUGCAGAAAGCACAGAUUGUGCGAAUGGUGAAGAACACAAAAGGGAGCCCGAUAACACUAUCAAUAGGGGACGGCGCGAAUGAUGUUAGUAUGAUUUUGGAAGCACAUGUUGGAAUAGGUAUAAAAGGCAAGGAAGGACGUCAGGCUGCAAGAAACAGUGACUAUGCCGUUCCAAAGUUUAAACACUUAAGAAAAUUGCUACUAGCACAUGGGCAUUUAUAUUAUGUGAGAAUAGCACACCUUGUACAGUAUUUCUUCUAUAAGAACCUUUGCUUCAUUUUGCCACAAUUUUUAUACCAGUUCUUCUGUGGAUUCUCACAGCAGCCACUGUACGAUGCUGCUUACCUUACCAUGUACAACAUCUGUUUCACAUCUCUCCCCAUCCUGGCUUACAGCCUCCUGGAACAGCACAUCAACAUUGACACACUGACCUCAGAUCCACAGCUGUAUAUGAAAGUUUCUGACAAUGCCAUGCUGCAGUGGAGACCUUUUUUGUACUGGACCUUCCUGGGCGCCUUUGAAGGACUCGUGUUUUUCUUUGGGGUUUAUUUUCUUUUUCAAAAUUCAUCGUUGGAAGAUAAUGGAAAGGUUUUUGGAAACUGGACCUUCGGGACCAUCGUUUUCACUGUGCUGGUGUUCACCGUCACUCUCAAGCUAGCUUUAGACACUCGAUUCUGGACGUGGAUGAACCACUUUGUGAUCUGGGGCUCCCUUGCCUUCUACGUGUUUUUCUCAUUCUUUUGGGGAGGAGUCAUUUGGCCUUUCUUGAAACAACAAAGAAUGUAUUUUGUAUUUGCCCAUAUGCUGACUUCUGUUUCCACGUGGCUGGCAAUAAUUCUGCUGAUCUUUAUCAGCCUUUUCCCAGAAAUUCUUCUAAUAGUUUUAAAAAGUAUAAAAGAGAGAAGUCAUCAGAGCAGUAGGAAGGCGCCCAAGUCAAUGUCGUCCAGACCUUCUGUCACACCACUUCUUUUAAGAACGUUCUCAGAUGAGUCUAAUGUGUUGUAACAGACUGGCAUCUUUGAUCUGCCUAUAUUAGUGUCAUACAAACGUAUAGAGAAUGGUUAUGUGAAGACUGAAGAUGCUCUUACUAAUUUGGCAGAAAGAUAUCCUCUCAGGAUACUUUAAAAUGCUCCAUCCAAACAGUGCAAUUGUUAUCCUGCAGGAAAAUGUACCAGUUCUGUUGAGUAUUACCAAGCACUGUAAGCAGCCGUGCUGACAAAGCAGUAGCCGGGCAUUGGCCACGGUACCUGUUCAUCUUUGGUCUUGUUGCUUCCCACCCCUGAAAGAAAACCCCAAAAACCAUAAUUCUGCCAAAUCAGAAGGCUAUGUAAUUGGAGACUGAGAAAGCAUCUUUUGGAAUUCUUCAAAAGCAGCAUGAUCAGAGUGAGAGCAAUGCCUCCCCGCGUCACACGGGGGCUUCCUCCGACCGCUGCAGCUCUGCCUGGGAGCAGCAGGGAGCUGCCGAAGCCUCUUGCUUUGCCUGACCAAAGAAGUAGCACAGACUCUGAGCCCAGGUGCUGGGCAUCCUCCUGCAGCAGCUUGCUCCUCCGUGCUGCCGGGCUCUCUCUUGGCAGAAGGUGAAGGAAGGAAACGUGCCGGGACUGCUUGUAGUGAAAGGAAAUUUCAUGGGGAGGGAAGAGCCUGAACGCUGGGCUGUGCCACACUUCCAGCCCAGCUCUCCUGGCUGCUAUGGCUGUGCUGACGUUACUGCAGUGAGCAGCUGCCGAAAUGCUGCAGAUUUGUGGUGGCAGUGUGUCUUCGGCCAGCUACAGGGACAUGGAUGGUGCCGGUGAACUUGUAGGCAUCACACUGCAUCUUGAGUUAUUUGCACUAAGAAAAAAAAAAGAAGUUGGUUUUAAAAGAAAAGGAAUACAUGGAUCUGAUUUCAUUUUACACUUAAUUUGGUUUUUAAUCGGCAUGUUGUUUUAAAAUCUACCUUUAGCGAGGACUUCUACCUUUAGGUUGGCGCAGCAGAGGUGAGGUGCCUGACUCUCAGACUUCUCAAACGUCCAUGUGUGGAACAAGCAGCUUUUUCCACUCUCUUCAGCUCUAAGCAGUUUUCGAGUACCCUGUGUGCCAGCACCCUGCGUGGGAAGGUGCUCCUUGCACUGCCUUCCCCUUGCCCUGCUGGGUCCAGCCCGCAGCUGGGGGCUGCCAUGGAAACACUGUGAUGAGCACUCACCUCUGCCUGCAGCAGGUUCUGCUUUGCUUCCGUGUGAAGAAGUGAUGAAUUACAGCUGGAACGAUCAUUCCCUUCUUCAGAUUUUGCUAAAGAACGGACUGUUAAUUUUCUGAAGAAUCAAGUCUCUCGCUGUCUGGCUGCAGAACUCAUGGUUGGUGCUGUGAAAGUGGGAUGUGGAUCAGCUGCAGGCACGCCUGGUGUAUGGAUACGGGAGGACUCAGCCUGUGUGGCACAGGGCUGCGGGUGGGAGGAGCAGAGGGGUAUGCACAGCCCCUGUGGCUGCCCUGCAGGAUACAGACAGGUCUGCUGUAUUAUUCACGCUGCACCGGCCCGAUGCCAGCACGGUCACCUCGCAAGCAACUGCAGCUCCACCCCUUGCUGCAUGCAAGCCAGGAGCUGUGCUCCCAGCAUGUGUCCCAUGGGCAAAGCUUUUCUCUUCUUUUUCUUUUUUCUAGCUCGUCUCACAGACCUAGGAUUCAACUUGCAGCCCUUGCCCGAUUCUCAACUUCUACUGCUAAAACGUGGUGCCUACAAAUCAAGUAUGCGAUGAAUACAAUGAAGAUGCUCUAUAUGCCAAAUCUAACCUUUCUACUUAAAUAUACAGUUGCUGACUUGUGUUUACAUAACCUUUAAAACACAGGCGCUGAAAAAUGCAAUUCCUGUGAUUCAAAACCAUUCCAAGCCCUGGUGGUCCCAAGCCUGACAGCCCGCUUCUCAGUUUGCUUUCUCUUGUGUUCUUCUUGGGUCAAAUUCUCUCCCUGUGAGAUGCAGCUGGAAGCCUUGCUGUUAGGUUAUGGGGAACGUGGACGUGCGAUGUCUGAAUAAAGCCACUGCUCCAGGCCGAUGGCUGCAGCCUGUGUGAACACGAAGCCUUCUAGGAACCAAAUCUGUCGUGUCAUGUCCAAGUACCCGGUAUCAGUCUGGAGCAAACUUGCUAUUGCUGUGCAUCCAACCCCCAAGGCAUGCAUGCUGAAAAGUAGGGUGGUACCAAUGGGAAAUGUCAUGAAUAGCAGCUCCUUUGGGGAAAAGCAGGUUUUCUUGGGCUUGGAUCUCCAGCUAGCACACAGGUGUAGCUCCAUGGGCCAGCAGAGGAACUGACCCUAUUUGAGCAGCAGCAACGGAAUGGAAAUUUCGGCUGUGGAUGUAUCAUGAAAUUAAUUAGGGGAUAUGGGAAGUCCAUGCUGGAGUCAGAGAAGGCAAAGCAAGGUGGCGAUACCAGCUGGAGGGCAUCAGCCAGCAGGACGGGGAAGCAGCAGUAAUCUGGUGGUAAUGCUGUGAUCAUUAUUCAUAUGCCAUAAGGUGAGCUACACUGUUAUGGUGCUCGUUAGGGAGCUGAAAGGCCAGUACAGCCUUAUCGGUGGGGAACUUGAAGGAAAACGGCUGGGGGUCUGCAGAUUAAUCCACUGAAGUUCAGUCACUGGCUAGUGACACUGAAAGAUAAGCAAAGUAAUCAAGAUUCCCUCUAAAAAUGUAAUGUGAUAAUGGAAAAAACGUGGUGUAGUCAUAGCUGCUUUUCAAAAACUAAUCCUAAUUGUCAUGAGGAUAUUGUAAAUGACUCGGAAUUGCGUACAGGCUUAAAAUUGAAUUUGUAUACACACUUACAGUUGAAAACCUUACCUAAUACUGCACCAUUCAUCCAAUUUCCCAGCUAUGGAUUUUUUUUUAAAUACAAACAUAUAGUGUAUAGAAGUGUAAAUUAUAUACAGGCAAUGAGAAGAUACAUUUUCAGCUUCUUGCAAAAAAAAAAGGACUGCGACCUUACAUUUUUUUCACUUUAAUGCAAUUUUAUACAUUUAUGUUGCUUUAUAUAAAAGAAAUUGAAUGUGAAUGUUACCUUUUAUGAAUGCAACUUGCUCUUUUUUCAUUACGGAAACUUAUGUUUGAAGUAAUCAAUAAACUUUGGUAUGUUGUUCUGAUUAA